AUGGCCUUAUGGAGUUUGAAAUCAAAUGAAUUAAGUCGAGAUAUACAAAUUGUUGGUAUUAAUACAUCAAAUCAAAAAUUUACAGAAUAUGUUAUCGAAAUUCGUCUAGAUGAUAUUCGCUGGCAAGUGAACCGUCGUUAUAGUGAGUUUAAUGAUUUACAUGAACAAUUGGUAAAAUUUUAUUUCAUUGAUAAGAAUUCUUUACCACCUAAAAAGUUAUUUAAUAAUCAUUCUGAUCUAUUUGUACAAAAACGACGACAACAAUUAGACACAUACUUGAAAAAAUUAUUCGUACAUUUUUCUAGCAAGAACAUUCCCGAAUGUUUAGCAGAUUUUCUUCAAUUUCAGUUAUAUGAAGUACACGGUAUUGUGAGAAAAAUGGCUCAAGAAUUAUUUCUAAAUGGCGAGAAAUUAUUAUUCUCAAAACAAUUCUAUACAAUGACACCAUUACAGUUACAUGCAAUUAUGAAAAGAGUAAAAUUAGCUGAACCACCGUGUGAUGGAAACGAUCCUGUUAAAGAUCUAAGUCAUGUUUUAGAAUUUUUGUGUCACGUCAAGUACGUACAAAUUGUUGGUAAUCCAGAUUAUUAUGGUACAAGUACAAUCAGAACACAAACACUUCCAUUUGAUGUUUCAUUUUUUAAAUCUGUGGAAGAAUUAGAAGUAGGUCUACUUGAUUGUGUCCAGACAAAUCAAAUAACUGGCAUGGAUAGUUUAAAGAAAAAUGUACGCAGACUUUGUAUUCAACGAAGUUUAAUUGCAAUCAAAGAGAUUGCACUAUCGUCAUUGGGUGAAAUUCCUCCGUUGAGCAACGAAUGGUUGAUUAGUACAUGGAAAUUCGUCACCACAUUAGAUUUUAGUAAAAAUUCAUUACGUUAUUUAGAUGAAUCUUUGAAAUUAUUCUGUAAAGCUGAAUCGUUAGAUCUUAGCUUUAACUUAUUGGAAACAACUGUAGAUCAUGUUCAGCAUUUACAUUUUCUACAAAACUUAAAUUUAUCAAAUAAUCGAUUACAAGAUGUAGCAGAUUUUUAUCAACGAGUAGGAAAUAUACGAUCUCUGGAUUUAUCCUACAAUGAAAUUACUUCCACUGAAGGUUUAUCCAGAUUAUAUUCACUUAUCACGCUUAAUUUGAAUAAUAAUAAACUCGAUUCGGUAAGAAGUAUUGAAUCAUUAGGUAGUCUGCCCUGUUUAGAAAAUUUAUCAUUGAAAAAUAAUUCAUUAACACGUAUCGUAGAUUAUCGAAUUAGAGUAUUUGCUGUAUUUCGAGACAGAGCAAAAGACGUUUGGCUAGAUGGUCAAAUGCCCGAUCAGCGGGAAAUCGAUCGUGCAAUGAUAAUUAGUGCAAUGACACGUGCAAAACAAAAUGAAGCAGCAAAAAAUGAUCAAAUUUUAGAAAUAAUUCGUUCGAAAACAAUUGAACACAAUAGAGAAAAUGAAAAUGAUUUUACUCCACUUGAAUUUUCAUUUCAUCCAGACACUACUUCAAUGAAAAAUUCAACAGCAACAACUGGAGAAGAGAAAAAUAUGCUAUCUCAAUCUAAACCAGAUGUUCUUAUGGACGUUAUUACGGAUCAUACAAGCAGCAUAGAACAUCAGACUCUGUGUAAAAGGACUGAAUCAUUCGAUGAUGAUCUACCUCCAAAUAUAUUUAUUGAUCAAAUAACAACAACAUUACCCGAUCUAACAAAUGAUGCAAGUUAG